GCUUGUUGAAGGCGCGCGUCAAAAUCACACGCAACCUUUAAUGGCGCCCUCGCUCGACUCAACUUUGUCAGCCAUCAAGAUGGCUGCGCCCUUCUCAUACUUGUUCAAAUUAACCAGACUCACAGGUCAGGCAAGUUCCUCAUUCUGCCAGGCCUGUCAGAAUGCACUGUGGAAUGCUGGCACAGCAGUGCGGUGGAAUUCAAACAGGGCCGUCAUUGCCAAGACAAACCGCAAGGUUUACACCAGGCAAUAUCCAGUUCUUGUGGUCAACCCAGAUGGGUCCACAUUUCGCAUCAAAUAUAAGGAGCCUAGAAAAAUUCUCAAGUUACCUCUAGAUAUCAACAGUUUGACCUUUGACGAACGCAAAAAGCGCCUCAGCCGCUACCAGGUCAGGAAGAAGAAAGUCUUGAAGGACGACAUAGGAGAUGAUGCUGACGUUACAUCCAAGUACAGGCAUUUGUGGAAGAAGACAUAGAUUCCAAGCUUAUAAAUUGUUUUUAAAAUUAGGUAUUUUUCAAGCAAAGUGCAUUUACAUCUUGCGACUUCACACGCACACAGAGAUUCAUGCUGUUAUUGCUGCAGACCUAUAAAAACGCCAAACUAGGAAAACUUGUCAAACAUUAAAACAGGAUUAAGACAGGCACACUUGAUGUAUUCUUGUUGAUAUCAAGACUAUUUUGUCUUUAACUGUCGUCAUGUCGUUUUCCCCCAACUACUUCUUAUGGCCAGUCACAAUAGAGUAAUAUUUGUUUUGCACUGAUCAUGCAGGAAAAUGCUUUAGCCCAUAGAGGGUAACAGGACUCAUAAUCCAAUUACUCUACCCAAGAUUAAGACGACAUGUAUUUGGAACACUAAAAUAAUACCACUUUGUCUAUUAUGUAUGAAAAUGUUUGUUGGUUAACUUAUGUAGGAAUUUAAUGUUAAAUUCAUAAAAAUUUGAAAGAAUGAUGCACAGUUCCCGCAAACAAUUUCUGGUUAAUAUCAAUCUUUCCUACAUAUUGUAAUUUCAUUCCAAAUUGUAGCAGCAAUAUUUUAAUAACACUACGGGUUAAAAACUCACUGGUACAAAAUAAAUACAAGACCAUAAA